AUGAGCCAGCAGGAUGCGGUCGCUGUGCUUUCAGAACGCCUUCUCAUAGCUGCGUACAAAGGCCAAGUGGAUAAUGUGGUGCAGCUUAUCAACAAGGGUGCCAAGGUAGCAGUUACCAAGCAUGGCCGUACCCCUCUACAUCUUGCUGCCUACAGGGGGCAUCUUCGUGUUGUGCAGAUUUUGCUGAAGGCAGGCUGUGACUUGGACAUUCAGGAUGAUGGUGAUCAGACAGCCUUGCACCGGGCUACUGUUGUAGGAAAUACAGAUGUAAUAGCAACUCUCAUUCAAGAGGGGUGUGCUUUGGACAGACAAGACAAGGAUGGGAAUACAGCGCUUCAUGAAGCAUGUUGGCAUGGAUUCAGUCAGUCUGCCAAACUGCUCGUUAAAGCAGGAGCUAAUGUUCUUGCCAGAAACAAGGCAGGUAACACACCGCUGCACUUGGCCUGCCAAAAUAGCCAUUCCCAAAGUACUCGUGUUUUGUUACUUGGAGGGUCUCGGGCAGAUCUCAAAAAUAAUGCAGGAGAUACCUGUUUGCACGUUGCUGCUCGUUAUAAUCAUUUGCCCAUCAUUAGGGUACUCCUCAGUGCUUUCUGUUCUGUCCAUGAAAAGAACCAGGCUGGCGAUACUGCACUUCAUGUAGCUGCUGCAUUAAAUCAUAAAAAGGUGGUCAAACUCUUACUGGAAGCAGGGGCCGAUGGGUCAAUUGUCAACAAUGCAGGUCAGACUCCUCUAGAGGUUGCUAGACAGCAUAAUAAUCCUGACGUUGCACUUCUCCUUGCUAAGGCACCACAGGUCUUGCGCUUUAACCGUGGAAGAAGCCUUAGAAAGAAGAGAGAAAAACUCAAGGAGGAAAGACGAGCUCAGUCUGUGCCAAGAGAUGAGGUGGUGCAGAGCAAGGGCAGUGUCUCAGCUGCUGAGGAUACUCACAGCAGUGACAAGGUGCCUCAGAGGAAAGGAGAUCUGAAAGAUGAACCACGGUCAACUUCACCAGAGCCCAAAGGAAAGAACAACAAAAAGAAAAAGCCAAGAGAAAAGAUUUCAGCACUCUCAGACCCUGCUUCACCAGCUGACCAGCAGACACUCCCUGGUCCCCAGCAGAGCUUAUCUAAGCAUCGUAGAAGUAAACAUCGUUGCUCAUCUCCACCACCCCCACAUGAGUUCAGAGCCUACCAGCUUUACACGCUGUAUCGUGGAAAGGACGGUAAAGUAAUGCAGGCCCCAAUAAAUGGAUGUCGUUGUGAGCCACUGAUUAAUAAACUGGAGAAUCAGCUGGAGGCAACUGUGGAGGAGAUAAAAGCUGAGUUUGGGACAGUGCAGGAUAAGAUGAAUAUCAAGCUGGGCCAGAUGGAAAACAAAACUCAACAUCAACUCCGUGUUUUAGAUAAGUUAAUGGCUGAGAGGCUGUCUGCGGAGAGAACAGAGUGCCUUCAUCGCCUUCAACAGCAUGCUGAGCUCGAAAAAAAUGAAGGAGAGAAACGGCAGAUUUCCUUGGUGGAUGAAUUGAAAACCUGGUGCAUGUUAAAGAUUCAGAAUCUGGAGAUGAAGCUUUCUGGAGAUUCUAGAUCUUCAAGACCAAAAUCAACUCUGUCCACUUGUGAGUCCCUCACAGGUGCAGAGCAACAAAUGACAGCUGCUGGUCCAGCUCCUUCUGCAGUCCCUCAAGUUGUUAGGCCUAAAGACAAAGCUUUUAGCUCCACUGCUUUCGACAGGUUCCAGCAGGAAGUACCAUUGUCAGAGCAUUCAGGUUCCAAAUUAAGACAUGUUAAGGUACAAACUGCUUUGCAGCCCUUGACUGAAUUUGCAAAGACUGAGCAACAGAGUGGCUACUUCAUAGACAAAGGAACUCAAACAAAGAAGUCUGGCAAAAGUGGGCAGUCAAGACACAGGCCCCAGCAACACACAGUAACACAUCAUACCCAGCCACAGCAACCAUCCGCUCUGCCUGGAGAUCAGCCAGCCCCUCAGAUCAAAGACACUUCACAAGCUUUGGAGAUUACUCAGUACUUUUUUGAGGCUGUUUCCACUCAAAUGGAAAAGUGGUAUGAGCGGAAGAUUGAAGAAGCCCAGUGCCAAGCUAAUCAAAAAGCACAGCAAGACAAAGCUGCACUCAAGGAGCAUAUUAAAAGUUUAGAAGAGGAGCUCAAUAAAUUAAGGACUAAGGUGCAAAAAGAAAGCUAG